UGCCGUGGUCACGGAGAGGAGUGGGAGACAGGAGCCUUACGCCCACUCAUUGAUACUCACAGAGUGUGAGGAGCUGAAGGAGAGCAGAGCAACUAAAACACCCUCGCACACACACACAUAUACAUACAUAUAUAUACACAGCAGGCUGUGAGCUGGGAGCAGGGAUGGUAGCGGAGGAGAUUGUGGUAUCCCUCUCAGGAGGAGCCCCGUGGGGCUUCAGACUGCAGGGAGGAGCAGAGCAGCAAAAACCUCUACAGGUGGCAAAGGUACGCAGGCGCAGCAAAGCAUGCAGAGCUGGACUGAAGGAGUACGAUGAGCUGGUUGCCAUUGGCCACCAUGUGUGUGCAGAUCUCAGUCAUGCUGAGGCCAUGAGCCUCAUAGAUGCACAGCACGCUACACUCAACCUGAGGGUUAAAAGGGUGCCUUCUGGACUGCACUCCUCAUCUUACUCUGGUUGCUCUGCAUCGCCCCGUUCCUCCAUGAGGGUCCUGUCUCCUCCCGCGGCCCCAUUGCCUUCCCACCGCUCCUCUAUCCUCUCCCCCACCGGGAUACCCAGGGGCAUCACUUCCCCUUCAGACAGUGAGGCUUAUUAUGGAGAGACAGACAGUGACGCAGACACACAGUCACUCCCACUCCGACGUCAACGCAGAACACCUCCUCACGCACGCUCACCUGCACGCUAUGACAACCAAGAAGAGGAGGAGACCUCAGAGAUGAGCGGGUACGAGAGCGCCACAGAUGCAGGGAUCCAGUCGCAGUGGGAUGGUCAGUGUCUUCCUGGCGUCCCUCGCAGAGAGCUCAUCUACCAGCCUGAAUGGACCACUCCAGCACACACCCCACACACUCUGACCCCUCACACACUCACACCGACCCCUGAUCAGGGGUUGGUGGAAGCAGAGGAAGAAGGGGACAGUGGCUUCCAGGAGGCAGGGGGCUGCAUUGGGCUGACCUGCCCACCACUUGUGUCUCCUGAACGGGCGAGAGAGGCUCUGAUGUUGGGCUCUAGUAAACAACUGGUGCCCAUGGUGGGACCACAGCUGACCCCAGUCAGUGAUGAGCUCUCCACCACCUACAUGGACAAAGCACGGCAAGCCAAGUUGCAGCGUGGGGAGAGUUUGGUGGAGAAACAGGUGAAAGAAGCUCGCACUAAAUGCCGUUCUAUUGCGUCUUUGUUGACUGAUGCUCCCAACCCCAACUCGAAAGGGGUGCUUAUGUUCAAGAAACGCCGUCAGAGGGCCAAGAAGUACACGCUGACCUGCUUCGGCAAAGCUGAGGGAGAUACAGGAGGGGAGACAGAAGGAGAGACAGGAGGGGAGACAGAGGAGGAAGGAGGAAGUUCUGUCUUAAGUGGUGAUGAAGAGGGAUUCUUAACAUCAUUUGACCCCACUUGGGAUACCGGGUAUCUAGACCUGCUGGACAGGAGAAGCUCCGCUUGCCCAUCAACGACACCAACUACUCCAACAACGCCAACAACCAAUCACAGCUCAGGGCUGGACAUCUCAGCCUAUCAGACACCAGGACUUUUGACCACUGUCAAUAAAAGCCCAGGGUUGGAGGUCUCAGGGCUCGAGAGCUCAGCCUAUCAGGGCUCAAGGCUGGAGAGCAACUUCGCAAAGCAGCCAAUCAGUAACCACCCUGCACACAUGUCUCCUCCAGCUGUGGCUCUGACCAAUGGCGGGUCAGUAGCUGUUAGUCGGGCUAGCGUUGUUCUGAGCCCGCCCUCUCAGAUGCCCCUUUCAAGUCAAAAUGGGCAACAUGGCAACCUUAGUCCUAGUUCUAACCCUAAUCUUAGUCCUAGCCCAAUCACAGACUCAGAUCAGCACCUGAACAACAACCUCAGUCCUAAUCAAAAUGUUCUGAACCGUACUGCACGACCUUUCACCCCAGGCCCGACCCCUUCUCGUCCAUCUGUGACCUCUGUUAUGUUUCGCCCUCCCCAACCCAAACCUGUGGCCAUGGCGACCAAACCUGUGGCGGCUGUCUCCAUGGUGACUAUCCAACCAACUCACCAUCCAUCAGGGCCAGAUGCAAGAAGAGCGGUGUCUAGCACCUCUCUUUACAUCCCUCCAAGAAAUAACAACACCAACCUUCCACCCUCUGUUAACACUCCCUCCUCAGCACUCUCGCCUCCCUCCUCUCUGUCAUCUGCAUCUUUCUCCCAGCCUGCCAUAAAUCCACCAACAUUUUCCCCUCAGCCUGCAGUCUAUGCUUCCCUCUCUGCCCCAUUCCCUCCUUCUGUAGCUCAAAGUACCCCAGUCUGUCCACCACCUGCUCAACCCUACCCCCCUCCAGCUUCACAGCCACAUCCUUCUCACCCUGCUCCUCCCUAUCCACCUCCCUCCUCCUGCAUUUCUGCUUCUCCCAUCUCCCAGCAGCAUCCCCCUCAUCUGACUCAGGUCUCCUUCCAUCCCCAACCCACCCCUCCUCCUCCUCCUCCUCCUCCUUCCAGCCAACCUUCUCCAUCUCCAUCUGUCCACCCCUACAUCAACAUGACAGGUGCAAUGACUCCUGGCCCACAUCCUGCCAUGGCAACAGCAUCUCCUCCUCAGCCAACUGCCACUGAUUCACUGGCGACACGUGAGCAGCGCAUCGCGGUGCCUGCCGCUCGCACUGGCAUCUUGAAUGAUGCCCGUCGUCGGAGCAGCAAGAAGCCAAUGUUCUGUGCAGUCCAGAACAAAGAUAUUAAUCCAAACCCGGACUUGAUGUCGAUGGUCCAGAACAUGGAUGACCGCUUUGGGAGAUCCCCAGCUGCACCCGGUGGGGAGACUGGACAUGAGUCAGGGCCUGAGGAGGACUGGCUGAGGCUGGGGGCAGAGGCAUGCAACUUUUUGCAGGCUCAGCGGGGACCCAGGCCACCUCCUGUAGCUCCCAAACCACAAACCCCACAGGUGCCACAGCUGGCAGGGAAGGGAGGUGAGCUGUUUGCCCGCAGGCAGAAUAGAAUGGAUCGUUACGUUGUGGAGCGAGCUCCCUCUGUUGCAGCGGCACCAUACUCUGCUGCCCAGGCGAGGGGGCCCUCACCCACACCUUCUCUGCCUGCCACCUGGAAAUACUCAUCCAGCAUUCGUGCUCCUCCUCCCAUCAGCUACAACCCCCUUCUGUCUCCCUCCUGCCCGCCAAAGGCCCAGAAAAAGCCUGAGGUGGCCAAGUCUGGGCCAGUUGGAUCUAAAGGGAAGAAAGCGGGCAUUAAGUCUGUGGACAUUAUGAGCCACCAGCCCUACCAGCUCAACUCUUCUCUGUUCAGCUAUGGAGGUGGGCUUCCCCAGGACACCUCCACCUAUCAGCAGCAGCAGCAGCGAGGAAUGACAAGUGGUCCUCAGAAGACAGCUCGAGUAUAUGAAAUAAAACGCUUCUCCACGCCGCCACCAACAACCACAGGACCCGCCCUCAAAGUUAUUGUACCUCGAUCAGCUACGACGCUUGGAGAACCACUGUGGCGCUCUGAUGUCCAAUCUCCUCCACCCAUAGUUGGCCCCUCCUCCUACCAACCCUAUCAGGCUCAGCCCCAACCUUACCAACCUCAGUGGGCCACCUCCCAGCUGUCUCCCCCGCCUCCCCCUGCCCCUACCACUCCACUUCCUCACCUCCCCACCUUCUCCUCUGCUUCACCAAACGCAGUCCAGUCCCCUGCUUUCUCCCACCUCCAGACCUCCAACAGCGCACAGGCCAACAAGCAGUUUAAGAGUGCCCCAGAUCUGAGUCCCAUGGGCCCUGCUGGUGCCUCUCGGCUGACAUCCAACAGCACUCAACCAGCCAGGGUUCCCAGGCCCAGGUUCAGCACUUCCAAUGCAGGUCUACAGUCUUGCGUCUGGCGCCCUGGAUCUACUAUGCACUGAACAGACUCUGAUCUGGACAUAAUAAAAUGUUUUUUAAGUCCAUGUGUUUUUAGUAUUGUAAUAUUGUUAUCCAAGCCUGCAGCUUUGAGUUUUAUCCGCCACGUUUUUAUCACAACAUCUGUUUGGAUCGGCCACCCAUGUAGCACAUUUUAUCACCUACAUUUAAUGUUGUUGACUCAUUUAUCUGAUGCAUUUGGUUGUAGUUAAAGGGAACACUGCGUUUUGCAAAGGAAAUGUAGUGUGGAAAAGUUGACAUCAACGGCAGAUUGAAAGGACAGAAAGAGACACUGAGGAAAAUAAAGUUCUGUAAAUAUUGUACCGAAUGAUGAAGAGUUUAAACAUAAAUAAGAAGAACAGAGGAUGUGAAAAGACAAGACAGCUGAGAUAGAGAGAGAGAGAUGUAGUCGAGGAUGGAGAACAGAUGUAAAGGAAAGCACUGCAGUAGCCGAUGAAGUGACACAAUGUCUGAUGAAGUGUAAAAGGUGCAGAUUGACUUAUACCUUCACAAUCUGUAAACACCCUAUGGUACCUGUUGUCAUCUAGCAAUAUCAUAUUAGAAAACUUACUAACAAAUGUAUUACAACUGUUAUAUAUAUAUUCUAAGUAUGUGUGAUUGAUUAUUAUUGAGUAUCUUUUUUUUUAGUUGCAGCGGUGUGUGCUUUGUUUUCGGCAGUUUUUCGUAGGGCAAGGAGCACAGCAGCCACGAUGAAGGGAAGCCAUUUACAGUAGAGUUGAUUUCUGAUCUGUUGAUAUGAAACAUGAGAAGUAUAACAUGUCUGUUUAGCUGUGAUUCUUUUCCACAGAGACUCGAGAGACUGAAUAAAAAUAGACAUGACUCACA